AUGGAGCCUUCACAUGGGAUUGUGGGCGGGGCACCCGCUUCCAGCCCAACCAUAGGCGCGCGGCCAGGUACAGGAGAAGGCUUCAACAAACGCAAGAGAAGUGGUGCGGGUUUUGAGAGUAGUCCUGGAACUGGAAAUGAACAAACAGGAAACGAACAAGAUGAUGAAGAUGCCGAGAGGAAGCGACAACCAGCUGUGAAGAGAGCUUGCAAUGAAUGCCGUCAACAGAAACUUCGAUGUGAUGUCGUUCAAAAUCCUUACAGCACUUGCGGUCGAUGUCAGCGAUUAAAGCUCGAGUGUAAGAUUGAGCAUAACUUCAAAAGAGUGGGAAAACGAACCAAACAUGCGGAGAUGGAGAAGCAAAUGGAAAGAUAUGAGCAAUUAAUAGCUCGUCAAGAACAAUUAAUAGCUCGCGCUCGACAUCAAGGAUUCGUUUACGAUGAUGAAGAACUUGGAUCCCCAGUCACGAAUAGCAGCGUUUAUCAACAUUCGAGAAAUCAGUCAUACAUAGGAGGAGGAUCAGAUGAAGCCGUGUCAUCUCUACUACAUCUCAAGCAAGGAGGUUCUUACAAAGUACCACAAUAUGCGCGACAAAUCGAGAACGUGGGACUAACGCAGGAUGCCAUUGACCAUCUGUUCGCCGAUUUCUUCCAAUUUUACCACCCAUAUCUCCCAUUUCUUAGCACUCAACAAACCCCCGAUCAAUAUUACCAACAAGAACCCCUUCUUUUCUGGGUCAUCAUUACCACCGCGGCACGUCGAUAUACUGUGGACCCAGAUUUAUUGUCUAAUCUUCGUCAACCUGUUACUAAAAUGAUGUGGUCGAAAAUCGCUGACGUGCCUAACAAUUAUCAUUUUGUGAAAGCAAUAAUUUUGUUAUGUACUUGGCCAAUGCCUGUAGCUUCAACGGCAGCAGACAUCACGCAUAUUUUGUGCGGUGUAAUGAUGAAAGCUGCAACUGGCAUUGGGCUUCAUAGGCCAAAUAAUACUCAAGAUUUCUCCCGGGUAUCUGUUGAUCUGAACAGGGAGCAGUUACAUGAUAGAGUUGUGACGUGGGCGGUCUGCAAUAUUGUAGCGCAAAGUAUAGCGACUGGAUAUGGACAGCCAGCCUCAACAUUAUACGAUUGGACACUUGCUCCUGUACAGCCAGGCGAAGAGGGGCCUUUUACACUCUCGCCAGAGCUUCAAGCUCGUCUUGAUAUCGAGAGGUUCUGCGAUAAAGUCUCGAAGGAAAUGUAUAGCAAUGCUAAAGAUCCGAAGGGUGUUGCUGGUGAUGAUGCCAGGCGUCAAUUGACUAGAAUAUUCCGCUACGAGUAUGAAAAGAUGGAGAAAACAACUCUAUCUCAGCAGAAUUCAUCGCCAAUGAUUAAACUUUACUAUCGUGCGGCUGGGCUGCACCUUCGCCUUUCGGGUUUCUUUGAUUCAAGUACCACAUCUGGGUACUUGGAUGACUUGAUGGGAUUAUGGCGGGCUACAUAUGAGUUCUUGGAUGUUGUUUUCGAGCUUGAAAAUCCAUCAUCUGGGAGCAUUACUGGUGGUAUCCUUCGAUUCGCCACAGGCUACAUCUCCCAACUAAUCAUUGCUGCUUCCUUUUCACUACUAAAGUUACUCAGUUCUUUCUUUGCCAAGUUCAUGGAUUUCGACCGCGGUCGCCAAUUGUUCCAUCGUGCAAUCGACGCCAUCAGAUCCAUGAGCAUCGUACCAGGGGACUUGCCUCAGAGGCUUGCGGAACUUAUGGCCCAGAUGUACAAUGGAGCUCGAGUUGAACAGCGCCAGAUUGCACAACUAAAUAAUGGCAACGAACUAGGUUCGGGCUUUGGUGACAUAGAUGAUAGCUUGCAAUUGAAACUCAGAUGCAGGAUGAGCAUGAGCUUGGUAUAUGAUUCAAUAUGGAGAUGGCGAGAGGAGUUUCAAAGCCAAGGCAGAAGUAUUGAAGCAGCGAUCCAAAAUCCGACCAAUCUCGAUAGUUCCAACGAAUCGUCUGCCUCUUCUACUCACUUGGACAGUACUCUUAUUCCUCCAAAUCAUCAAAUGCAGAAUCAACUCCUCGCUGCAGUUAGCGCGGGCAACCCGAGCGAUACCAUUCUCGGUGUCGAUCAGACGCUCGGUGGACUUUUUGGUUAUGGCGAACCGAACUUCGAGGGAGGAUUCGAUUCGCAUUCCUGGUUUUUCAAUGGAGGAAUGGAUUUGGGAAUGGAUUUCCCCUACAAUCGACAGGCACUUCAAGGUCUUGAAGCCAGCGGUUUUCUAGCUUGA